AGUGAGUGCAAGCGGGCCGACGGUAAGCCACGCGGGGUUCUCCCCGAGUCUGACCCAAACUUGGCCCAAGCUUCCGAGGCCGCAUUGCCGUCCACCCGAUGCGCGAUCGCAUUGAUCUGCUUCACAUUCUCCUUGCAAUCGCUUGCCAUGAUACCUCGAUCAGCGCUGAGCAGGCAGCUGCCUUGCCACAUAGUCUCACCGUUUUCACGGCGCUAUUUCUCUGCAACCUCCCCCGACCAACACGCCAGUACUCCGACCUCGGCGAACACUCCUGCACGACCCCAUGGGAUCGAUCCACGAUGGCUCACCAUGAUGAAACGACGAGUCGGGAAAUGCAUGAUGUUUGGUCUCAAACCAGCACAAGUCGAUGAUGCAGGUAAGAUCCUGCAGCAAUUGGCGCGUGACUGGAGGGAAUUGAUCGCUGGUAGCGAGGGAUUCCUGACAGAUGGAAAGCGACGAGGAUUGUAUAGACAUAACGUGGUCUGGGGAGAGAUGGUAAGGAAAUCGACCUUGAGAAAUAUCAGGCAUGUCAACAACGUCAACUACGUCAGAUACGCCGAAUCCGCUCGGGUGAACUGGACCCGUAAUAUUGGAAACAAUAUCGACGAAGCAAAUAAGAAAAAGUGGCUUGCUUUGCUCAGCUCAACCGGCAUUGGACUUAUAUUGCGAAGCAUCAAGGUGGACUACAAGUUUCCUAUGAAGUUUCCAGAUAAGAUAUCUGUCUAUCACAAGCUAGUACAGGAUCCGUCAGCAUCGCUAUCAUCCCAGUCGGCCUUUCAGCUGCAAGUUAUGAUCAUGUCGGAAGCCCGGCAACGUCCUGCUGCUCGUUGUUACGAGGAUAUUGUCACCUAUGACUACCAAAGGAACCGGAAGACGCCUGAGCUACCACCGUUCAUUUUUGAGCAGUUUAAGGAUAUUUGGCAUCUGCAGGAGAAGGCGAAGAAAGAUUGGCAACAGUGUAUUCUAGACAUUGAGACCAAGGUCCGGACACUUGAAGUAGAGAGCUGGGAUCGCGCGGAUGCAGUUGAGGAUACAGGCUCUGCAUCGCAAUAG